AGGAAUUGGAAUUCAACGAACCGGCCGGCCAGCCAAAUCCUCCGCGGAAAAAAAUCCGAGAGCACCGCGGCGAGCAGGGCGCGGGCGGCGCCGGUGUCCGGCCGGAUCUAGGCUGGGGGACGGCGACGAGGGAGCUCGCGGGCGGGCGCGGGGAGGAGAGGGGAUGGCCUCGGAGGAGAUGACGGCGACGGAGGUGGCGGCGCUGCUGGAUCUGAAGCCGCACCCGGAGGGCGGCUUCUACGCCGAGACCUUCCGCGACGGCUCCGUCACGCUCUCCACCGCCCAGCUCCCGCCCCAGUAUAAGGUCGACCGUGCUGUGAGCACUGCAAUCUACUUCUUGCUUCCUGCAGGGAGUGUUUCACGUCUCCAUCGCAUUCCCUGUGCUGAAACCUGGCAUUUCUACAAGGGAGAGCCUCUCACGGUCUUUGAGCUACACGAUGAUGGCCACAUUGAUCUCACUGUCAUUGGCCCACACCUCGAAGCCGGCCAGCGCCCCCAGUACACCGUACCACCGAACGUGUGGUUUGGUUCCUUCCCCACGCUGGAUGUUGAGUCGUUUGCUUCAGAUGGCAGCGUUCUUGUGAAGUCUCGAAAGAGGGAUCCAGAGCAGCACUACUCCCUGGUUGGCUGCACCUGUGCCCCUGGCUUCCAGUACGAAGACUUUGAGAUGGCCACAUUUGAGGACGUGAGGUCCAUCGCUCCCAAGGCUGAACCUUUCCUCAAGUUCCUCAUCCCUUCCACCGAAUGACUCCUUGGCGACCUCCAUUGAUGCUGGAUGAGUUCUCAGCUUCUCUGUACCGGAUUCCCAUUUUUAGGCUUGUGCUUUUACCAUAUUGUAGACCGUAAACUGUACCCAGGUGCUGGUGCAGCUUGUAACAUUUUGUGCACUGAAACAGAAUAACUGCCGAUCUUGAUGUAGAAACUGGAGGUGCUUUUUUCACAACUCUGAAAUCAAGUCUGGUCCGUGAAA